AGUUGCUGCUAAUGUUCUUCAUCGGCUCCAGUCUCAUGUACCACUUUCCUUUUCAUGCUUUUGGCCUCUUUCACCAUUUCAUAAUUUCUUCUUCUUCUUCUCUGGCCUUCUCUUGUAUAUAAUCUACAUCUAGCUAGCCUUUUCAAUUUAUGGAGAGGAGCCUGCUGGUAAUUCUGAUGCUCCUGAUCUUCACAUGCUUUAUUGGGAUCUCUCAAGGGCAGCUCAGUGUGGGUUUCUAUGGAGAUUCAUGUCCUCAAGCUGAGUCGACUGUAACUUCCGUUGUUCGCGAAGCCGUUAGCGACAAUCCUAACAUGGCUGCAGUCUUGCUCAGGCUCCAUUUCCAUGACUGUUUUGUUGAGGGGUGCGAUGGAUCGAUUCUAAUAGAGAAUGGUCCAGACGACGAGGGACGAGCAUUUGGUCAUCAAGGUGUUGGGGGAUUUGAAGUGAUAGAGAAAGCCAAAGCCCAAUUGGAAGCUGCUUGUCCUUCUAUUGUUUCUUGCGCUGACAUUGUGGCCUUAGCCGCUCGAGACGCCAUAGCCAUGGCAAAUGGACCAACAUACCAAGUUCCGGCCGGGCGAAGGGAUGGUCGAGUGUCGAAUGUGUCCUUGGCCGCUGACAUGCCUGAUGUUAGUGAUUCAAUCCAGCAACUGAAAACCAAGUUUAUAGACAAAGGACUCUCGCCAAAGGAUCUUGUGGUUCUUAGUGCUGCACAUACAAUUGGAACCACAGCAUGCUUCUUCAUGACAAAACGCCUCUACAAUUUCGUACCCGGCGGAGGACCCGAUCCAUCCAUAAACCCUAAUUUCCUCCCGGAGCUAAAAGCGAUUUGCCCUCAGAACGGAAAUGUCAACGUACGACUACCAAUCGAUCAUGGAAGCGAGCUGACAUUUGACAAUCAGAUAUUGCGCAAUAUCAGGGACGGUUUUGCAGUCCUGGAAUCAGACGCCCGGCUCAACGAUGAUUUAGCAACUAAAAGUGUCGUUGAAUCCUACUUUGGUCUACUUAGUCCUGUUUUUGGACCAUCUUUUGAGACCGAUUUUGUUGAAUCCAUCGUAAAGAUGGGCCAGAUUGAUGUUAAAACUGGUUCGGAAGGGGAGAUUAGGCAUACUUGUUCGGCUUUUAAUUGAUUAAUGUAAUGUUUACUUAGUUAAUCAUGUCGUGUAUAUUCAUAUUUGAU